UUAGGCUAUGCACGAGGGUUUUUGGGGAGCGGCGCGUGCGAAAUCUAAACCACCUUUGAUGCUCUCGAGCUCCAAACGCUGCUUUAUUUUUUGAUGGCAAGACCGAAUAAUGCCAGUCUAGCAUGGCUGUCUCUCCAACUCAUGCCACCCGUGGACCGACAUGGCAUUUAGCCGCGUCUUUUCUGACCCUCCGUCCAAGAGCAUCUUUAAGACCUUCGCGGUCAUGUUGCUGUCUAUACUUGCGUCUCUGUACUUUCUCCACUGCCUCACGGAUCGAUGCGGGACCUGUAUACCCACGGAGAGAAGAGAUACGGGUCCGGUGGAGGAAUUUUACGCCUCGAAACUUAAAGAUUUUGGGUCGCUGAGGAGAAAGAGACUUUUUCAGAAAUGGACCUCCACGAGACCUCAGGUGAUGAGGCACAACAGAUUAAUCCACCGACUCGAAAGUGUCAGUGAAGAGGAUUUACCUGAAAUUGAGGCAGAUAAACACAUUUUUCGGGAAAACGUACAGCUGUCAAACUCUUUGGAUGUAGAUUUGGAGACGGGGGGCUCGUAUUUUGAUACAGGUAAACUGAGUUCGUUAGGCGAGGGCAGUAAGAAGCUGCCUCAGGCGAUCAUCAUCGGCGUGAAAAAAGGAGGGACGCGCGCGCUGCUGGAGUUUCUGCGCGUGCAUCCAGAUAUCCGCGCGGUCGGAGCGGAGCCGCACUUCUUCGACCGUAACUAUGACAACGGACUGGACUGGUACAGAGACCUGAUGCCUAAGACCCUGGAGGGCCAGAUCACCAUGGAGAAAACACCAAGCUACUUUGUGACCCGCGAGGCUCCGGCUCGAAUCUACGCCCUGUCCCGCGACACCAAGCUGAUCGUGGUGGUCCGGGACCCCGUCACACGAGCCAUCUCUGACUACACGCAGACACUGUCCAAGAAGCCUGACAUUCCUACUUUUGAGAGCCUGACGUUCAAAAACAGGACUACAGGGUUGAUCGACACCUCGUGGAGCGCCAUUCAGAUCGGCAUCUACGCCAAACACCUGGACAACUGGCUCCAGUUCUUCCCCAUGAGCCAGCUCUUGUUCGUGAGCGGAGAACGGCUGAUCAGCGACCCGGCCGGAGAGCUGGGCCGCGUGCAGGACUUCUUGGGGCUCAAGAGGAUCAUCACAGACAAACACUUCUACUUCAACCAGACCAAGGGCUUCCCUUGUCUCAAAAAGGCUGAGGGCAGCAGCAAGCCCCAUUGCCUGGGUAAAACCAAAGGGCGGACCCACCCAAACAUUGACCCUGAGGUCGUGCAGAGACUUCGAGACUUCUACAGGCCUUUCAACAUGAAGUUCUACCAGAUGACUGGCAGGAAAUUUGGAUGGGAUGACUAACAGUAGACCGUGAGAUAGACCCUGAAUGUUGUAAAAAGGGAGAAACAACCUUACUGUGACCUCACCUGCAACAGAACUAUGAUAAGUUCUUCUCUCUGAAAAAAAUAGCCCAAAAUUGGUCCAAUCUGGCUGUGGAGAAAUUGGAGCAAAAGUGUGAAGAAAAGUCCACAUCCAAAUGAAGUUAGGUACAGAACGUUGAACAAAUGUCAAAAACAAGAGUAAAUGUCUUCACACUGCUAUUCAGAUUCCAGAUUCAAAUGUGACAUUUUGACCUCUUACAUCCUCAUCAGGCAAAAAGAUAAAAACAAAAAGAGAGUUAAACAUUGCCUUUGUUGAUAAAUAGGGUGGGCAUUUAUUUAUUUAUUUUUUACCAUCAGGUUUUUGCCAUAUUUGUCAUUUCAACGGCCACAUACUGUACCGUAAGAGAACCUAAGAGAGACAGCUGAAAGCUGAAGAGAUCUCUCUAGAACUAUGCAUUUGGACAUUGAACUGUGAAUUAUUUGUCUAGAGUUGGAGAUCAGAUUAGUCCUUUUGCCAUAUUUAAAGUAGAAAAACAAUAGCUGCUUAUAUACCUUUGCAGUUAUUUGGAAGAAAAUAUCAAAACAAUAAAAAUGUGUAUUUUUUUCAAAUGUAUUUAUUUAAAAAACAUAUAUGGACACAUAUACAGUUUACAUAUUUUUAAUCUUCACUAAACUCCUCCCUUCAUUUUUUUUUGCAUGUGCAGGGGUGAUUUCUUUUGUAUUUUGAACCAUAUAACACAAUGCCUUUUCUAAAACUUUAAUGUGGUCUAAAAAUGUGCACAUUAAAAUGUUUACCAUCCAG